CUCACACACACACACACACACACACACGAUACUGAUGUACUGAUGUGGUACACUCCACACACACUCAGCACUGCGCUCUGAUCUCCACGCGUUUGGAUUCAUCAUCACCACAACUACAGCAGGAUGUGUGGUGUGGACGUGGAUCUGGACGAUGACGGUGUGCAAGACGAGUGUGAGGCGGAGGAAGUUUCCCACGAUGCCGUGCGGUUGUUGGCCCCGCCUCCGGCAGAGUGUAACGGGGAGGCAUGGGGGUCACGGCGGGGUCGCAGUGGGUGUGUACUGUGCGGCCUGCUGCUGGUGCUGUGGAAUGUGGGAGUGGGUGUGGCCUGUGUGACGCUGCUGUGUGUCGUCUUCAUGCUGGUGUUAACACCACCAUCAUUCCUACUGUACACUGGCUUCCUGUGUCACACACGGGUCUUGGCUUCGCCCUCCCACUUCUGCAGUUACCUUGAUGACAACAGUUGCUCCGCCCUUAUCAUCUUAGGCUUCGUGAUGAUGUCACCGUUAGUCGUGGUUGCUGCAGCGACCUUCUGCAGCCUGCUCAGAAGAUUCCACCUCCUUCAGCUCUUUCAGCCAAUCAGCACAGCUCUAUACAGCGGGCGGGGCUUCGGCUGGAGGCAGGACGUCCGUGCUUGGGUCUGAUUGGACGGUUCUGCAAAUCAAAACUUUAUCAUUAAUUCCUGGACAAAUGCUGAAUUUGUUACCAUAAAUAUGGAUUAAACACACACUCGUGUGCACACAGGUAUUCGCUAACUGUUAGCAGCUACGUGGCUAAUCACAGCAUAGAAAUGAGUAGCACUGUCUUUAAUUAGAGCAGCAAUUUGGCCAAAAAUAAAACAUCCACAUCGUUUCUUUGCCCCAGAUACGGUCGAUUAGCCGAGGCAUGUUUGGUGUGUGGCGUUUAAAUUAAGAGAACAUUUAAAUUUUUGGAAAUAGUUGCUACGAUUUUACAUUCAUUAAAAAAAUUAGCUCUAUGUUCACGGUAGCAGUCAUGUCACUCAUGCCGCUUAUAGUUUGUGUCUUGUGGGCGUGGCCUGUACAGCAUUUUUUUUAGCUCCAAUGAAAUCAUGUAUAUCCUACAGCUCACUAUACAAUUUAUACAUGCUGCGCUUGUUGAAAAUGGAUUCAAGUUUGAUUUAUGUGUCAUGUGCUUGGCUUCAUACUAGCGUCCUUCUCAGAUUAGAUUAGCAAAGCAAGCUAAUUGUACUAGCUACAUACACUCACCAGAGGCAAAAACCUGGAGGAAAAGUUGAUUCAAAUGUUGCUGUAAUCGCAGCUGCAUGUUACGUACACACACACACAUGCACAUACGUACGCACACACGUAUGUACACACGUGUGCAAACACGUACGCACACACGUACGCACACUCGUAUGCACACACGUAUGCAAACACGUACGGACGUACGAGAAAAUGAACAUCGCCUGUCACGUUGUCGCUCGUUAGCAUGAACAUAGUGUUACUGUCUGUGUGAAGUAAAAUCUGUCACUACAAAACACACACAGAGGACGUGUUAUAACAUGAACAGCUAUGAUGACCUGACAUUCAUCUGUAUCAUUCAGGCUUUACAAAACACACACACACACUAAGCUAAUCGGUAAUCUCAUCUAGCGGCUGCAGAAAUGACUAGCAAUGAGAAUGAUUUGAAAUGCAACCAUGAUUUUGAUGGUACAUGAUGUGUUUCAUGGAACACACAUUAUAUCCACAACGGAAAAUUAAAAUGUGUGUGUGUGUGUGUGUGUGUGUGUAUGUGUGUGUGUGUGUGGCAAGUACAGAGAUCUUACGCUGCACUUGACUUAAUUCGGGAGCAUAAAGUAUGAAUUUGUAACUACAUAACUGUUUGAGCUACAAAGUGGGAAAAAGAUCGACACCUCCUUGAAAGUGUGUUUCGUUAGCUACAGUUCGUACAGGUGUGUUUAUGGUGUAGUUUUAUCUCAGAACAGUGAAAUGUACAAUCAGUGUUAUAGAUUUAACCAAUGUGUGUGUGUGUGUGUGUGUGUGUGUGUGUGUGUGUGUGUGUGUGUGUGUGUGUGUUGAUGUGUUCAGUCCAGUAGUGAAGUGAUAUUUUAAACACUAUUUAUACAGCAGUUAGUUCCAGUUCACUAACCUGAGAGCGCUGAUAUUUAGUAUAACAUUUCAGUGUGUGUAUCACGCCGCUCGUCUGCAUAAAACAGUCAGUCGGUCUGAGUGUUACCAUGGCAACACACUAUGCUCUAUCCAGCUGUGGCUUCUUUGGAAACUAUUUUCGUAGCCGGAUCAAAAACCAUGAACUUAAUAUCAAUUUCUUCUUUAUGGACCAUUGUAUAAAAGUAAUAUCACACUCGCAAUCAUGCUGCUGUACUGAAUAUCAACACGGCUGUGAUUCCCAGUCAUUACUAGUGAACAUCAGUGAUUACCAGUGAUUACUAGUGAUUAUCAGUGAUUACUAGUGAUUAUCAGUGAUUGCUAGUGAUUAUUAAUGAUUGCUAGUGAUUGCUAUUGAUUACCAGUGAUUACUAGUGAUUAUCAGUGAUUACCAGUGAUUACUAGUGAUUAUCAGUGAUUUCUAGUGAUUAUCAGUGAUUGCUAGUGAUUAUUAGUGAUUGCUAGUGAUUGCUAUUGAUUACCAGUGAUUACUAGUGAACAUCAGUGAUUAUCAGUGAUUACCAGUGAUUAUCAGUGAUUACUAGUGAUUAUCAGUGAUUGCUAGUGAUUCCCAGUGAUUACCAGUGAUUAUCAGUGAUUACCAGUGAUUCCUGGUGAUUAUCAGUGAUUACCAGUGGUUACCAGUGAUUAUCAGUGAUUACCAGUGAUUACCAGUGAUUAUCAGUGAUUACCACUGGUUACCAGCGAUUACCAGUGAUUACCAGUGGUUACCAGUGAUUACUAGUGAUUAUCAGUGAUUACCAGUGAUUACCAGUGGUUACCAGUGAUUUCUUGAUUACCAGUGAUUACCAGUGGUUACCAGUGAUUACUAGUGAUUACCAGUGAUUUCUUGAUUACCAGUGAUUACCAGUGAUUACCAGUGGUUACCAGUGAUUACUAGUGAUUAUCAGUGAUUACCAGUGGUUACCAGUGAUUUCUUGAUUACCAGUGAUUACCAGUGAUUUCUUGAUUACCAGUGAUUACCAGUGGUUACUAGUGAUUACCAGUGAUUACCAGUGAUUUCUUGAUUACCAGUGAUUAUCAGUGAUUACCAGUGAUUACUAGUGAUUACCAGUGAUUUCUUGAUUACCAGUGAUUAUCAGUGAUUACCAGUGAUUAUCAGUGAUUACCAGUGAUUCCUGGUGAUUAUCAGUGAUUACCAGUGGUUACCAGUGAUUACUAGUGAUUAUCAGUGAUUAUCAGUGAUUACCAGUGAUUACCAGUGGUUACCAGUGAUUACCAGUGUUUACCAGUGGUUACCAGUGAUUUCUUGAUUAUCAGUGAUUACCAGUGAUUACCAGUGAUUUCUUGAUGACCAGUGAUUAUCAGUGGUUACCAGUGAUUACCAGUGUUUACCAGUGGUUACCAGUGAUUUCUUGAUUAUCAGUGAUUACCAGUGAUUACCAGUGAUUUCUUGAUGACCAGUGAUUAUCAGUGAUUACCAGUGAUUACCAGUGAUUACCAGUGAUUACCAGUGAUUUCUUGAUUAUCAGUGAUUUCUUGAUUACCAGUGAUUACCAGUGAUUAUCAGUGAUUACCAGUGGUUAUCAGUUAUUACUAGUGAUUACCAGUGAUUACCAGUGAUUUCUUGAUUACCAGUGAUUACCAGUGAUUACCAGUGAUUACCAGUGGUUACCAGUGAUUACCAGUGGUUACCAGUGGUUACCAGUGAUUUCUCGAUUACCAGUGAUUUCCGGCAGCACUCUUGACUACAGCCGAAUCACAUCCGUGCUGCUAUUCACUACAUCAGCACUCUUAAGUAGCCAUUUUGACAUGACAUGCUGGAGGUGGGGUUCUGGAGACCGUCCUAACUUUCCAAGUAGGAAUUCUGAAUAGGAAGUUGAGGGGGAGAUUUCUUUGGAUUUUGCUCGUUGGAAAUUCCAAGUUCUGAGCUUCAGCUGAACGCAUCGUUACAGUUGACUCCUCCUCUGUUUCCUGUCCUGAGGUCAGUGUGACAUGUUAAUCAUAUAGAGACUCCACUCUCAUGGGGAUUAUACAGUGUAAAGUUUCAGAUUAAAGUGCGAAACCUUCCUGUGCACUGAAGACUGCACAGUUUAUAUCCCAAGUGCCCACUGAUGAUGUCAUGAUGGGCGUUACAGCAGCUGACCAAUCAGCAGCUUGUUUUCUGUCCAGCUAUCCAAACUCAUUCAUGUAUGUAAUUCUAAUAUAACCUGUAUAAUGUGGAAUAAAAAUGAAAUAAAUUGUGUAUCUUUGUGAAUUUUUAGCUAAAA